AUGACAUUCAGUCGUUGCCGUGGUCGCAGGCGGUUGUUGAAACUCCUAUGUCUGAUGCUUCCAUUACGACGCACUAAUUGCGAACUCAAUGACAAAUUAAAUCAGCUUAAUAGUAUUGCGAGUAGCGUAGAGCGUAAUAAUCAACGGAUUGCUGCGUUGGAGCACGAAUGUACUGUUCUUGCAAACGAAGUGCGUAAUCUGAAAUCAGAGCUUAAGCCUGUAUCGGAUCAAUCUGAGAACUCGCUUAUUCUUUCUGGCGUCCCUGCUACAAUGCCCAUCAUGGCUCCUAUGGCUUAUGCUCGCAACAUGUUCAUGGCCCUUGAAAUUCCUGAACUGUCGUGCCACAUUCUCGAUGCAAGAACCAUUCGCAAGACUCAAUCUGUGGCAGCUAGCGAUCGACCGCUGCCUGUCUCCGCUACUGGCUCGAUUAUUGUUACUCUAACCUCGCGUGCGACUCGUGAUAUUGUCAUAACUAAAAAACGUGUGCGACGUGUGCUUGUUCAGAGGGACAUUUGUGAUAAUGACUCCGAUCGUGAUGUUUACGUGAAUGAGCUUCUCCCUAAGAAUACCUAUGAGCUGCUUAAGUUGACAAAGAAGAUUGCGAAGGAAAAAUCUUAUAAGUAUGUUUGGGUUAGGGAGAGUCAUAUUCAUAUUAGGCGUUCCGACGGUGAGCCGAUUGUUCACAUUGACUCUGAAACUGAUUUGGAUAGGCACAUUUGA